AUGGCAAGAGAAGUCUUGUUCUGGCCAGGUAUGAGAAAAGCCAUUCAGAAUAUGUGUACUACCUGUGGGAUUUGUGCACAAUACGGCCAGACGUUGACCAAAGAGCCUAUGAAGUCGAUACCAUUACCUUCACUUCCCUGGGAAAUAAUUAGCCAAGAUUUAUUUACGCUCGAGCAACGAAGUUAUCUGGUCACCGUGUGUCACUUCUCAGACUGGGUAGAAGUAGAUGAACUAAUGGACAUUCUCUCAACAACCAUUGUUAACAAGACCAAGGUACAUUUUGCAAGGUUUGGCAUUCCACGUAUAUGUCAUACAGACAAUGGACCACAAUUUGUUGGCAAAGCAUACAAAGAAUUUGCCAAGGAGUAUGAUUUCAACCAUACAUCAUCUUCACCAUACCAUCCACAGGGAAAUGGCAGAGCAGAGGAAGCGGUGAAGCUUGUUAAGAACAUGAUCAAGAAAUCGGACGAUUUUCAAGCUGCCCUAUUAAACUAUAGAAACACACCUCAGAGAGGUCACUCUUAUUCCCCAGCUCAACGGAUGUUGUGUCGUCAUACCCGAACAAAAUUGCCAACCUCAAACAAGGUUCUUGUUCCGAGAAUGAUAAACAGAACAACAAUACAAGAGGAGUUAGAGCAUAAAUGCAGCACAAGCAAAACGUAUUACGACAGAGCAGUGGGACCACAACACAACACUUUACGACCUGGUCAAUAUGCAUACGCUAGACCGCCUCCACAACAGCGCGGGAAACCAUGGAUCCAUGGACAAAUUACAAGGGAAGAACCAUCGCGUUCGUACACAUUAAAAACAUCCAACGGGAUGAUAAGAAGGAAUCGUGUCCACAUUGUAAUGUAG